GUAAAAACAGUUGUCUACAUUUGAAAUUGUUGAAUAUUUGGCUAGAAAAUGAAUAUUGUGUGCCAGGCACUCACACGGAAUGUGCUUAAACGUGCCGUGAACUCGCAAUUUAAUAUAAAUGUAUUUAGGGCUACCGCAAUGACAGCAGCUGUCAAUUGGCAUAAGCCGGCUGCCAUUAGAGCAGCAACAACGAUUGCAAGCAGCAAAAAUCCAGCCGCCAUUUUCUUGUGGACUUUGCCUAUAAAUAUUUCACUGCGUCGCCUGUCGAGUAAAUCAAUUGUCUGCAGCAUGGAGGAACAUUGCGUUGUGCCCGAUGUGAUUGCCAAGGCGCCCAAGGGAACUGUCUCCGUGGAGUAUGGCAGCGGGGUAACGGUGAAGGAGGGGAACAUACUAACCCCCACCCAGGUAAAGGACGAACCGUGUGUGAAGUGGGAGGCGGAUAGCGGCAAACUCUACACACUGUGCAUGACGGAUCCGGAUGCGCCCAGUCGCAAGGAUCCAAAGUUCCGGGAGUGGCAUCACUGGCUGGUCGGCAACAUUCCCGGCAACGAGGUGACCAAGGGCGAGGUUCUGUCCGCCUACGUUGGCUCCGGCCCACCACCGGAUACGGGUCUGCAUCGCUACGUCUUCUUGGUCUACGAGCAGCAGUGCAAGCUCAAGUUCGAUGAGCAGCGUUUGCCCAACAACAGCGGCGAUAAUCGCGGUGGCUUCAAGAUUGCCAAAUUUGCUGAGAAAUACAAUUUGGGGAAUCCCGUGGCCGGUAAUUUCUAUCAGGCCGAGUAUGAUGACUAUGUGCCCAUUCUCUACAAGCAACUGGGUGCUUAAAAUUCAGCAUAAAUUCAGCAUUUCUCAUUAUUGCAUAUUGGAAUUCUAUUAAUUUUGUUAUUGAUUCAGAAAAAAAUAAAAAUUGAUUUUUGUAAGAGCAAUAAAA